GCUGAAAGGAUCAACUAAAGAUCUGAAGAAACCACUUGAGAAUCUGCAUACAUCUCUGAAGCUGAAGAAGAAAUUCAGGACACGGUGGUGCUUUGUGUUGGCCUAACACCCAUGUGAAGGAAGACCCAUCAGCUCUAAUCUUUAAAGGAUUUAUAACAAAAAAACAAACCAAAAUGAAGGCAUUCAGCAUUGCAGUUGCAGUGACACUCGUGCUAGCCUUUAUUUGCAUCUUGGAAAGCUCUGCCAUCCCGUUCACUGGGGUUGGAGAGCUGGAGGAGGCAGGGGGCAAUGACACUCCAGUUGAGGCACAUCAAGAGAUGUCAAUGGAAUCGUGGAUGAUGCCAAAACAUGUCAGGGAAAAGCGCCAGAGUCACCUUUCCUUAUGUCGCUACUGCUGCAAAUGCUGCAAGAACAAAGGCUGCGGUUUCUGCUGCAGGUUCUGAGGGUCACCUGCAAUGCGAACCAACUUCUAAUUUAUUGUUUUAUCUUUCUUUACCUUUCCUUCCGCUGCAUUUAUGAAAAUAUAUUUUGACAACCAAAAUGAUUAAUGGAGCAACAUCAAGUGAAGAAUCUAUUUUAUUUAUUUUGUAUACUUUAUCUUUUUUAAGAAUGUUGCACAUA